AUGCUGGCCGAAGGAGUGAAAAAAGUUGUCUAUGAAAAUUUGAUUUUACCUGGGAAUGCUGUACUUUUGGUUGGCCGUGGUGAAGGUACUGGCAACCGUCAGAAGAGGCCAGACAUGUUCGAGAGGAGUUCAGACGGAAGCAUCAUGGGCAUCACCACAGGGAUGAGAGCCGGGAUUCUAGAUACAGUAGUGGUAGACGGUCGAGGGAAGGUGGUCAUAGGAGUAGGUCGAGGGAUGAUCGGUCGCGAGGCGGAGGAGGAGGAGAAGGGGGAUAUGAAAGGUCGGAGUCUCGGCGCCAUAGAGAAUCGAGACAAUCGGCUGAGUAUUCAUCUCGACAGCCGGCUAGCAGUGAUGAGGCAGAGUACUGGAGGGAAAUGCGGGGUAAAGGAGGAGGGUGUUUCGCACUUCGCCGUGUCUCGAUGA